ACACGCACACACACAAAUCCCAUUUUCUGCAAACAGGUUGGUGGCUCCUAGCCCCUCUCUCUGUCUAAAUGAAAUCAGUCAUUUUCAUCAAGUGCCCGGCCAAAUAUUAUCCACAGUCCAUUCAGAAGGAUCGAAUCUUAUUUAGAGUCGCGAUUCGACAUCUGUUUUCAAAUUUGAUCAGCUAUGAACUUUAUUUUCCGAGUUUGAGGAAAAUUAUAUUCCAUCGAUCCGAAGCACUGGCGUUGCCUACAUAUAUUUCCCCCCCUGCUUCUGCCUCGGCUCUCUCCCUCCCCUGCUAUCGACGGGGAAAGACGCGUUUGUAAGAGACACACCACCACACCAGCAGACACUUCGUAAUUCUCCCGAUCGCACAUCACACUUCCUCUGCCCGCCUGCUCCCUUCUCUGCCACCCUCCAGCCAGCCAGCCAGCCUCCCUUCUCCGACACACCUCCUCUCUCCCUUAUUCAUUCCUUCUCUUCCAUCCUCAGACAACACACUUCCCCCUCCUUUCUCUGUGGUCCCUUCUCUCCCUCCGAUAACCCGCUUUCACAUUCAUUCUUCCUUUCUCCCAUCACGUCCCCCUCUCCUCUCCCUCCCUGAUUCAGUCCCUUCUUCCAGCACACGCCGACCGACCUACCUACCUGCCUACCUACCUUCCUUCUUCCUUCCUUCCUUCCCUCCCAGAGAUCUCCUUUCCUGCCUUCUUUCUUUGCCUCUUCUUUCCUUCUUUUCACACACUUUUGCAUCUUUUCUCCCCCAGCCCCCAAAACGUUUGGUCCCCACACAUACUCCAAAAUAAGGGGUCGUAGAUUCUGAUUUCAUUUUCUCCCCUAAGAGCCCCCCCACCGCAAUCCGCCCCCUGCAACUCCUCCCCAUACACCCUCCACCCCCCCCCCCGCCCAACAACAACUUCAACUUGGACACACAGCCUGGAUGGUGAAGAGAGCGAACUGAAUGAGGAGGAGCGAAUUUCCAGUGUCCACUAGACACUGUCCAGAGGCUUGUGUUGGAAUCCAGAGCAAGAGGAAAAGAGCCUUAAAUCUUCCAGAAACUGGAGCUGUCCAACAUAGGAAGGAACCAAAGAAAGGCACUUCACAGGAACAGAGAGAAAUCAGAGCAUGACAUUCAAAGGCUGAGGUGUAGACUUCCCUCAGCAUGGACUGUAACUGUGUUUCAGAUCUGCUUCUCACAUCCCCGGUUCCAGCUCUCUGGACUCCAGGGUUCGCCUUCCCAGACUGGGCCUACAAACCAGAGUCAAGUCCUGGCUCACGUCAGAUCCAGCUGUGGCAUUUUAUCCUGGAGUUGCUACAGAAGGAAGAGUACCAGAACGUCAUUGCCUGGCAGGGGGACUACGGCGAAUUCGUCAUCAAGGACCCAGAUGAGGUGGCCCGGUUGUGGGGUAUCCGUAAAUGCAAGCCCCAUAUGAACUACGACAAGUUGAGCAGGGCCCUAAGGUACUACUACAACAAACGAAUCCUCCACAAGACCAAAGGGAAGCGCUUCACCUACAAGUUCAACUUCAGCAAGGUGGUCUUGGUGAACUAUCCUCUUCUGGACAUGGCGGCCAACUCCCCAUUUCUGCUGGCCCAGAACCCUUUCAAUGGGGGCAACCAUGGGACUGAUUGCACCCCACUUACUCCUGAGACCCUGCAAUCCCUCUUCUCCAGUCCUCGCUUGGGGGACCCUGCCACCCGCACCCCACUCUUUGAACGCCAAACAGAAACAGAGAAACUGCGCCUGGAUGCCGCCUUCCCUUUCCUGGGCUCAGGUGUCUCGGGCUACACAAAGCCUCCCAGUUUGCUGACUCCCUACAGCAGAAACGCUUCCUUCCCAGAUUAUCCCUGGAAUUUCAACCCUUACCUAUCCAGCACCUUUCCCUUGAGCAGCUCCAAGCUCCCCGCUUCCCUGUAUUCACCCCACUUCUACCCCAACCCCCUGUCUGGGUCCCUGGCUCAUCUGCCGUCUCCCAUCUCCCUACUGCCUGGGGAUAACACAGAGCGGGCUGCAGCCCUGGGGGCUGGCUCCAUCCCCCGCCUUUGCCUGCCUCCCCAUGGCACAACCCUGCCCUUGCGCGGGGAUGGGAAUGGGGCAAGCAACCGGGAUAAGGAGCUGCUGGGGACCAGGGCGCAGAGUCCGUCGGUGGGACGAGGGGCCAAAGAGGACCCCGGCUCAGAUUCUGAGCUGGAGAUCACAGAUCUGAGUGAAUGCAGUUCCGAGAAUGAAGGCUGUGAUUUCAGCCCUGACAGCCUGGAGGCGCUAGAGAGCCAGGAGCAGAAUUAUAAGCGGCUGGAGACUGAGCGGACGGUGGCUGGGGCAAUAGCCAACCAGCCAGAAGGGGCAGCAGGGGACAGCCGGGGCACUGCCAAGGAAGGGAAGAGUCUACCAGGCAGCUGAACCUACCUAACCCCCACUUGAGCUCCAUGGCAGGUCCCUCUCCAUCAGUAGCCAGAUUCGUAAAGAGUUUAAGACAAACAAAACAAUGCCCACCCUCUUCGUUUGAUGUCUCUAUUUUUAUAGGAAAAUUUUAUUCAUCGAAUAUACUGACACGCCCCCCCUCAAAGCAUCCCCUCCUUCAGCUUCUCUCCCCCCCCCGCCCCUGCUCAAAAUGAUAAACUGAGGGCCUUCCGCCUCUUGUAUUUAAAGAAUGAAGAGGCUCCGUUGGUUUGGUGCAAAUCGAGCCUUUUCCACAAAAGAGGGAUGGGGAAAAUGGGCAGGCAGCAACACACCCAAAUAUCUGGAUUGGAGAGCACUAGAAAGUACUUUUCAGGAGCUCUGCCCUCCAUGAGAGUUCUUGAGCUGGCCAGAUCAACAGAACUCCUGAGAAAUCUUACAUGUUGAGCUGCUUACAUUCUGCACUUCCCUAACCAUGGAAUUUCCCACCAUGGGGACCCCAGUACCAGCUUUCUUUCUUUUUUAAAACCCAGGACAAAGUGCCUAGUCCUCAUGGCUGUGGAGCUAACCAGCUUGCCACUAAAGCUGGUACAAGACAUUUUGGUGCCUGGGACUAAAACUCCAGACAGUCCAUAGAAAUUUCUCAUACUCUGUUGAAAUGAACAAGGCUUGUACAAAAUUCCAGGGCAGUCAGGCCUGUCUGUUUCCCCCUGUCAGGUCUGGUGCCCAAGGCCCCUGACUCCCUGUGAAAGCCGCUCUCCAAGCAGCCUUUUCCAUCAGAGUGUCCAGCCACAGUAUAGACCCUGGUUGUAUGAACAGGCCUUGCAGGACUCCUAAGCACCAUCAGCCAUGUGUGCACUUCAAAAGUUGCAUUUUAAGUGCCCACUCAAGUGCUUCAAGUCUGAAUGCAGCAAACAUAUGUAUCAUAUAGGUACACAUGUCAGGAACAAGCACACAGGUGCAGCUCCCUUUUGGAGAAUAUGUUUAAUGGCCAACACAAGUUUGUCUCUUUGUAAUAUGGGAAACAGCUCCAAAUCCAAACCCAGAUUUUGGGUUUCGGUACCGAACAGAACCCACAAUUCCAAUUUCCACUCUCCCAGCCCAAGGAGAAUCCAAGAAUCGAGUCCACCUCAAAUAAAGCUGCUGUAUCCCAGGGGAGUGAGGAGCUCGUUAACCCUUCUAAACCCCCAGCCCACCCCCAACUUUUCAAAGUGCAAUAUUGUCUUGUCAUGCUCUGGUGUGACCCUUUAUGUAAAAAAAAAAAAAAAAUUCCCCUACCUCUCCCUCCUCAAAAAAUGGUUCUUGCCCUACCUAUCACCGUGCUUGUGUCUCCGUGUUUAAAAAAAAGAAAAACUGUAUUUGUGUGGUUGAUAUGAAGAAGUUUACUUCCCUUCCCUAUUUUUCUUUUUGUAAAUAAUGCAUUAAUUUAUGGAGUGUAAAGAAAAAACAACAGAUGGGGGGGAAAUUAACCCCUGGCAGAUCAUGAUCCUGCCGGCCUCUAAAGCAAUAAAAUAUCUAUUCAUCGGUG